UCCUAUUAACUAGAAUUUAUGCUUAAGCAUGUCUUCGCGCUAUUAUGAACUGUACAGAGAAACUACUGUGGGAAUGUGCCUACAAAACACCCUCGAUGAGUUGGUAGCUUCACACCAAAUAUCUACUGAUUUAGCCGAAAGGGUUCUUCUUCAGUUUGAUAAAUCUAUAAAUACUAUCCUUUCUACUCACUUAAAAAACAGAAUAACCAUAAAGGCUCCUUUGCGAACUUAUCAGUGCUGUGACGAAGUUUAUACCUUUUUGCUUGAAGACGUCGUCAUGACGAGCGAAGGCGAAAAAAUUACUUCCGAUUGUUUGAAAGUUGUCACUUGUAAAAAAUUAAAGCAGUAAAAUUCUACUUUUGCUCUUGUACAU